GCUAAGCACUACACAGAUUUCAUAUUGUUUACUUCUCUUCAAUUUUCAUCGUAAAUUGGAAUCGGUUCAUUCGAAGAAGAGUAUUGAUAUUGGCGGUUCUUCUUGAAGGUAGAGUGAUAGAAGUUCAUCUGUCUUCAGAAGAUUUUAUUGAUUGCAAGCGGUUUUUCCUCCAUGGCUUCGGUGAUUUCGAAUCCGGUAACUUAUAACACCGACGGACCACGUGAUUCAUCGAAGCGGAGAAAGAAGAAGAAAAUGCAAAGGCAAUCUAGUAGCGGUAGAGAUCAGGUGACGCAAAACUUGAAUAACAACAGUAGCAACCUGAACCAUAUUACGUCGUGGAAAUCGGAAGGUCAACAGGAAGCAUACAUGUCGAAACUCUUGCAAGCUAUCCGCCAGGUCCGGCUCGGUGCGGCCGGCGCGUCUCCACAUUCGGCUUCGUUUCGUGGACGUGCUGUUCGUGAAGCUGCUGACCGUGCCCUUGCGAUGACAGUGAAGGGACGGAGUCGAUGGAGCCGUGCGAUUCUCACAAACAAACUCAAGCAUAAAUUUAUGAAGAAUAAUUUGAGGCAGAGAGGAGUGGUUGCGACGGCGACUGGUAAUAGCCCAUUAAAGAAACCGAGAGUCGGUAUUUUGAGGUUGAAAUCGAAGAAUUUAGCAGCGGUGCAAAAGAAAGCACGUGAUCUCGGCCGGUUAGUUCCCGGCUGCCGGAAACAACCGUUGCCAGUUGUAUUAGAAGAAACGACCGAUUAUAUAGCAGCUCUUGAGAUGCAAGUUAAAGCCAUGGCUGCUCUCGCCGACCUUUUCUCCGGUGGCUUCAAUUCUAGCUCUGUCUGUCCUCAAUCCAAGUGAGCUAGGUCUUACUUCUUAGCCAGCCACCAAGCUCAUGAUUUCCUUUCGAUUAAAGUAUUAUUAUUCUCUUUUUAGAACUCAUUCGUCAAUUUAUUUUUCUUUUUUU